CUUGCAAGGGUCCAUUUUAGCUCCAAUGCCAUAAUCAGAGCAGGGAAAUAAGGACUCAUAUCACGUCGUCGAUUUCUUCAGGCUCUUUGUUUUCAUAGCGUUGGAUAAUUACGUAUCUUUUGCGUUUCAUAAAUUUGCCCUCAGGAAUACCCCGCCACCGAGGCCUAUUUCAACAUCUCGCUACAAUGUCUGGAGCAUACAUACAAGCACGCAUGGACCAUGCGAUUUCCUCCCAGCCUCGCAAGGUCCUGAAAGCGCCCGAUCGCCCGAUCGCAAUCCGAGGAAACUACAUUGCCGACUCGAGGACACUCCUGACUCUCAGACCACAGGGGGGCGCCCAGUCUGUGGCUGCUUACAAAGUCCAGGACGAAAACGGGGCUACUCAGUUUACUGCCAGUGGUCGGAAAUACAAUAGUCGCUCAUGCAGAGAAUUUCGUGAUGCUUCAGGCCUACCCUUGUUCGAGCUUCACCGGAAGAUAUCAUUUAGAAAUGCUUGGUCUAUCACACUGCCAGGGAGUCCAACUGCUGAUAGCAUAGCCACUGGUGCACCGCGACUGGCCCCGUUUGGAAACUUUAUAUUCACGUUCACCAAUGUAGUUACCACCGAUAUGAAAGAGUCAGGGGAUGAUAGACUGGUGACACUGGAGGUUGAGAGGCAUGGGCGCGUAUUAGAGUCCUUUGACAUUGUGGAUGGAGACAGGAAGGUCGCUGAAGUGCGCGAGAGCGUACAGCACAACCAGAAACUUGCCUUGACGCCAAGUACACGUCGCAAUUAUCGACCUGUUCUUGAUAUUGUCGUUACUCCAGGUGUGGACUUAUCAUUGGUUACUGUCUUGGCGAUCAUCAUUGCGGAUAGUGUAUUCGGUUCUGAGUAG